AUGGUGUCAACGAGGACAGGCAGUACAGCUACUGUACGUGCUCCGCCGUCCGAGGGCAGCAAUGAAAGCCCGCAGUUCAUCGACCCGAGCAGCUACCAGAGCGAGUCCUCCAGCGAGGUGGACAUGCGCGAGGUGAACCCCAUGGACGAGCUCAGCGACUUUGAGUCGGACGCGUCGCAGCAGCCGCAGCAGGAACAGCAGCAGCAGGAGCCAAUAGAGAACAACGCUGCAGCUGCAGACAACGACGUGGAGAUGGACGCAGACGCAGCCGCAGAGGAGGAGGAAGAGGAGGACAAGAACACGCGCGAGCGCGACAUUGUGCUCUGCGACGACUGCGACGCCGAGUACCACGUCUUCUGUCUGAGCCCGCCGCUGCCCAAGGUGCCCGAGGGCACGUGGUACUGUCCAAAGUGCCGGGUCAAGUAUCCGGAUACCGAAGCGGCUAGCGCUGCGGUGGACGUGCGGGUGAUGGCGGAGCAGCUGCGGGCUGGAGGCGCAGCAGUGGAAAAUGCUGGCGCAGUGCAGACGAACGAGACGGAGCCAGAGGCGCCGACUAGUGGCGACGUAGCGGCAGCGGAUGGAGGGGCAGAUGGACCGGCAUCAUUCCCGAUCUCUCAGGCGCUGGAAGGAAACCCAGAGUCAGCAAACGCGUUGCUCGUUCACGCGUGCAGUUGCGACGACGUCAAGUGCGCGGACGCGGAAUUCCAUGUGUUCUGUCCCCACAUGAAGCGCUUCCUGCGCAGCGUGUGUUGGGCAUCGCACAGCGACAAAUGGCGCUCCUACCGACUCGCACGGAUCACGGCCGAGCUCUUUGCGUACCACGCUAUGAACUGCAAGCUGGAGCAGUGCAAUGUCCCGCUUUCGUGA